UCGAUCCCCAAACCUCGACGUUGAAUCCUGCGCAAACAACCGGCCAUAUUCUCUCCCGGCGGGCGCCAAUUCCGAUCACAAUGAAUGCUGCUGUUGCGAGGCAGCCGGUGGGCUGUCUGAAGGCGGCUUUGAGGAGGACGAGAAUCCAGAGAUCGUGGCAGCGGUGCAUGGCGACAGAGGCUGCGAGCCCCUCCAUCCCCAGAACGGCCUUCAGUCAGAGACAGCACAUGGAGCAGCAAAAGGUCGCAAAGUUCCAGAUAUGGCCUCAGGUCCCUUCACCGCGAGCCACCCAUCCCGAUCCGAUGCCCGCCUUGAAACAGCAGGAGAUUGCCCGUCUCGACCCGACCGGCGCCAGGACGAGGCUCUUUUCCCGAGAGCACGCCGACAGUGCCAAAGUCGGCGACGUGCUCAUGGUGACGACCAAGGCCGGAGAGCCCUUUUCAGGAGCAUUCAUCCAACUGCGGAGGCGCGGCGUAGACACGGCCAUCUUGCUACGAGGCCAGAUGAUGAAGGUUGGUGUGGAGAUGUGGUUCAAGAUUUACAGUCCGACGGUUACGGGUAUCGACAUCAUAUGGCGCAAGCCCAAGAGGGCCAGAAGAGCGCGGCUGACGUUUAUGCGCAAGCCGAAGCACGACAUGGGCAGCGUGGACAACCUGGUGUCUGCCUGGAAGAAGGAGAGAUAUGCGCUGAGGUCCAAGGCGAAGCAGGGUGGAGGGAGACAGGUGAGGUAAAGGGGGAUUUAGGGAGGAGAGGCGAGGCGUCAUGGUUCAUGUUGUAUGAUAGGGUCUGCAAAAUGUACAAUUCUACUGAUUACACGGAUGGUUCCAAUGGAAACGUAACAAGACAUCAAGUUUUC